AUGCAGCGCCUGCUACCUCGCGAACUACGAGAUAUGGUUUACGUAGUCAUAUUUGGUAAACCUGGGGAGUACGACAUCCGCUUCAAGUCAGACAACCAUAAUUACAACGCAUGCACAAUUCCCGAUUCCUGGUGGCAUUACCUUUGCGAUCCAGUCUUCCUUGACCAGGAAACAUUAACCGAGUUGGCACAUACAUGGUAUCGACAAAAUAUGUUCCUGAUCAACCAAGACUUCAACGUAGCUUGUCUCUUCACUUCUAGCUUUCGUGUCUGGGAUUUGGCUCAUCUUGAUUUAGUUCGAAGCAUACGCCACGUAUGCUUUGAUCUUUGCCCCAAGGUCCAAUGGAUGGAGACUAAAGACAGCACCAUAGAGGGGAAAGCAGACGUUCGUUUGCCAUCAGACUUUGAGCAGCUUGCGAACCUGCAGCCACCGGCUACCGUCACGAUUAGGAUAAACUCUCGACAUUGGUACUACCAUGGCGAGACCGGUGAUGAAUGGAAGGCUUCGAUUGGUCUGCUAUCGGAAAGGGUGUUCCCUUUGUUGAAGCAGCUGAAAGCGACUGGCGUGAGGAUCGCCAUUAAAGUCGGUUGUGUAGGUCCCGCGAAGGUGGAGAUGGAACAUCUCAACAGUAAGGGUUGGUCGGGUCUGGUUCGAGAAACCAGGAGCCACCAACUCGAAUAG